AUGACAGUAAGUGGACUGUUGGUGCUCGUUAUGUUGGGAUCUCUGUUGACGGGUUGUUCUUGUCUGUCAGCCGAAUGUCAGAUAACGAAGCGGCAGAUGCCGUCCUAUUUGACACUAUGGGUUGACUGUAAUAAGCUAAACCUCACCACGCUUCCUGAUGGCAUACCGUCUAACACUGACAAAUUUUGCGCCAAGUUCAACAACAUCAGAAACGUAACCUGGCUGCCUUUUCUGCCAGGACUAACCUGGCUGGACCUCGGCUGGAACGGCAUGGAAUCUUUUUCCUGGACGUCUUUGCGUGCUCUGCCAGAUUUGAAGCAUCUUUAUCUAAAUAGAAACCGACUAGGGUACGUGCAGCUUGGUAACGUCACUGAGCAUCUGCCGGAGCUGAAAGACGUAGAUCUAAGUUACAACAAGAUCACGUCUCUCUCUCAGUACGAACUGGGAUGGCCACAGGUGAAAGACGCCUGGAUCAAUGACAAUCCCUUUCACUGUGACUGCGACCUCUUCUGGCUGAUUGAAAAGAUGGCGUGUUUAGAAGCCUGUAAAGGAGGAGACGAGAAGGCCUGUUGUCUGUCGUGUUCAGCCUGCUUUGUUGCCGGUGUCUUUAGAUAUAAGAUGUUCAAAAUGACCUGCCACAGUCCGAGUGGACUGAAAAAUCUGCCUUUAUCAGAAGUUUCUAAUCGUCUGACGGGUUGUGGGCCAACCACGGAAUCUGUCAUGGUCCCCACAGAUCUAGAUACAGAGAGCCGACAGCAGAACAAUACAACUUCUCUCCUCGACCGUUCCGGAGAUAGCUCCGGGCGAGACCCGAUAUGGAAUCAGUCAAGAGCAGAUGAAUCCUACCAGAACGACACCACUGAGUCGUUUGCUAACAACAUGGGCAGGAAGAAAGGAGAAGAUGGCGACUUCUCAGUUCUCUACAUCACCAUCAUCGGAAGCUUUCUGAUCCUGACCUUCAUCCUAUGUCUCCUCGGAAUUAAGAUGAAGAGGAAAGCCAGCACAGGAGCUCCCAAUCACGGAUACCCAAAUGUCAAUCAAAUCGUACCACCAAUCGCGGACACUGCCUACCACGGUACCGCUGAUGACGAGGGAGAUCUACACUACUACCAUCUACAUUACUACCACCUGGAUGAAGACCAACCUUCGACACCAACUGUAGAGUCGACCCAACAAAGCGCCCAAGAAGAAGGUUUGGAUCAGGAACGUCUAACUGUAACUGCCCCGGAGAACACUGAAUCCACACACAACAGACAGUCACAGGCAACAACUGAACCAUCUGGCCUUUAUGAGUUAUCGGAUGCCAACACUACCGGAGAAGAUAUGCUUGACGGACAUCAAGCGAUUCCACACAGUGACAACCACUGCAUGGACACUGUGUACAAGCAUCCCCAAGUACUAGUCGCAUCUACUGCCAUGUAUUCUAGUACCUCGCUAAACCACGGCUCAGCAAAUAUAUACAGCUCUGCAGACGGAUACCCAGAGGAUUCUGAUGAUGGUCAAGCGGCAACUGCAUCCUCCAGCCUGUACACGUCUUCAGAACUCAACUCAGCAAACCUCAGAGAAGGUAUGACCAAUCGCGGAGACCCAGAGAUUCCUGAUGCCGACGAGCAGUGCAGUGAACCUAUAUACGGCAGUUUUUCGCAAGCAACAGUUGCUACUGCAUCCCGCCUGUACAACAGGUGUGUGACUGAUUAA